UGCUACGCAUAUGGAGUAACCGUUUAUAAAAGCAAUAAGCCCCACGAAACAGUGGGUUACAAGCGCAUUUUAUAACAGCUAAGGGGGAUUUAGGCAAUCCGCGAAAACGCUCUUAGCUGUUAUGAGUGUUCUGUGACCCACUACUGCUUGGGGUUUUUUGCUUUAUUCUGAGUCUUUUUUUUGUUAGUACCCCAAGAUACUACACCAACUGUGGAUUAUGAACCAAUACUACACAAAAACAGCAAAAUCCUUGCGGCUGACCCGCCCAUCUGCAUCUAGCUCCAACCUACGCUUUAACUAACUCGGAACUUCUAGAAGUUUAUUUUGGCGGCUGGCAAACUAAUGUGGUGCAUUACCGCCACCCAGUGGACUCAAUCGUAGUGCACGAAAAGAGGCAAAUUGUACUGUAAAUUACUUUUGUAUGUUAAUGUUCUAUUUAAAUCUUUUUUUGUAAAGAUCUCAAGACCUCAGUGAAGACGGCCAAAACAUAUCUUGUUCAUAUCUUGUUUUGUAGUUCAGCAAUAUCUGCAACCACACAGUGUUGUGUGUUUGUCCGUUCAAAACAGUAACAUGUGGUGAUUGCCUAAUUCUUUAUUUUACCGUUGUUUUUCUUUUUGCAUAAUGCUUUUACUCAUUCAUAUUAAACAGUAUGCGUAAACUGAACGAGGCGACGUCAGCUUAAAGUAUUUAAUAUUCAUGAGGUAAGAAUUCGCAGUCGAAGCGUCAUUGGUCAUACACACGCAGCUCACUACAAUACAACAUUUGCUCGAAGAACUUUUCUUUGUACUGUAGAAUUUUGUUCCAAGAAAAAAAUCCGGGGAUCAAAUAAUUGAUAAACACACAAUUGUACCGUUCCUUUAGUCAUUUAAAUGUGUGUGAAAAGAUGCUAAAUCCUUCUGCAAACGGCGAGUCAUCCCAUGUUGUGGUGAAAUAUGUUGAGGAGUACAUGGACCUUGUCGAGUCUUUGCCUCUGGACCUACAGAGAUGUGUGUCUCACAUGAGAGAAAUAGAUGCCAGAUAUCAAGAGAUUCUCCAGGAAUUGGAUGAAAAUUAUGAAAAACAAAGACAAGAAUCAGAUCCUGUACAGAGGAAGCGCCUUCUCCACUGGAUCCAGCGGUCUUUGAUCCGCACAGAAGAACUAGGAGAUGAGAAGAUCCAGAUAGCAGGUCAAAUGGUGGAACUGGUGGAGAACCGCUGUCGGCAGCUUGAAUGCCAGGGCGAGCUUUUCCACGCCUGCCAGGACUCACCGGAAAACAUUGUGUCUGUGGGCAGUGCCCCCAGUGCCAUAGCAACAGUACCUAUGACACCCCUCUCUUCCUCGCUGCUGUCAGUGAGUAAACCAUGCGUGGAUAAAAAACGCGAUGAGGCUCUAAGCUCAGUUGACAAGUCUGGUGGAAAGCGGUCACGAAGGCAAAAGAAUGGUUCAGAGAACAGGGAAAACUCAAAUUAUGGCAUGGAGCACACCGAGGAGGUAGGUUCUUGCACGCCGAAGGAGAAAAAGGCUAAGACAUCAUCCACGUCAUCAAAGAAGAAAAAGAGGUCAAAAAGCAAGCAAGAUAGAGAGCCGUCACCAACAGAUCUUCCCAUUGACCCAAAUGAACCCACGUAUUGCCUGUGUGAGCAGGUGUCUUAUGGGGAGAUGAUAGGUUGUGAUAAUGAUGAGUGCACAAUUGAAUGGUUUCACUUCUCUUGUGUCGGUCUGCACCAUAAGCCCAAAGGAAAGUGGUACUGUCCAAAGUGCAGAGGUGACAAUGAGAAGACAAUGGACAAAGCUUUAGAGAGAUCGAAAAAAGAACGGGCAUACAACAGGUAGUGUGCAGUUUACCCGGUUGCUGUGUUCAUUUCAUAAAGUGUGUCGGGCACUGAAUGUACCCAGUGUUUUAAGACAGGCUUUGUGAUGUUCUAAUAUCUUGAUCACUGGUUUGUAUAUAUUUUAGGAAUGUAGUUUAGCUAAAGGCUUAGUGAUACAAAGAAGUCACUUUUCAGCCAACAUGUAUGUAUAAUACUCUGUUUAUAUUCAUAAGCAUUUCAUUUUUUUCAGUAAUGUUGUAUUUUUGCUUUGUCUUACAGUAUGAAUGUUAAUGUAAAAAAUAUGACAUUCAUA